AUGGUCAAGAGAAUCAACGUAUUUGAAGAUGAGGACGGUAGUGCUGGGAGCAGCGAGGAAGAAGAGGUUAAGCGGAUUGUAAAGAAGCCUAAAAAAGUUCCCCCAGAGUUCUUAGAGAAAUGUGGCCAAAGUGGGCAGGAUCACCCAGAAGCACCGCUGCUCGGAGUUGGACUAGGAGGGUUUGAACCAUUGAAAGGUAUUCAGAGAACAAAAGAACUACCAGAAUACCCAGAUGAAGAGCCUCAGGAGUACAUGAAAUUCACAGUUCCAGAAGUUCUGGAAGAGUCAUCCCAUAAAGAGGAAACGGUGGACCAAGAACACAGUCUCAAUAUUCCUCUCUAUGAGAGAAAAGUACCGUCAAUCGGGUUGGCAAUGAUGGAGAAAAUGGGAUUCAGAAUUGGGGAUUCAUUGGGGGUACCGAAGGAUAAACCCAUGAACCAAGUUCCACUUGAAGUUAUUGUAAAAAAUGAUAGAAAAGGUAUAGGUUCAAGUACAGAAAUCAGUUCAGCAACAACAAAAGAAUUUAUAUCAAGGAAUGCUUCCAAAUCCAAGGAGGGAAAAUUGUUGAGAACAGUGCACAAUCUCAUGAAGCUUUGCUUUGAGUUGAGUGGGGAAUCAGAUAAGUGGCAUGAGGAUAAUAGAACAGAUGAAGUGACGUACUUAUGGAGGGAUAUUCCAAUUCAGUUAGAAAACAAACAGGCAUUGUUGCUAUCGAAGAAAAGAAGGUACGACGAUAACUUCAAAGACAUAUUAUCCAUUAAAGAAAACAAGGAGUUACAAAAUUUUGAUACUGAGGACAAAUUAACUCUAUUGUUAUUAUAUCUUAGAGAAGCCCACUUUUACUGCUACUUCUGCGGGUGCAAGUACCAUGAUGCUAAAGAAUUGAACGAGUCCUGUCCAGGAGUCUUCGAAGAAUCACACAUCGCUGUGUGA